AUGGACGGCGAGGCGAACGGGACCCUCCACCCGUCCUGCGGCGCCAGCGAGCUGCCCUACUCCGAGGAGCUUCUCCGGAGCCUCGACCUACCAGGGAGAUUUCUCUUUGCAACCUUGACUCUGAUGACACUAAUUGCCAUUCUGGUAUUUAUAGAGGAAGCAGUCUACAUCUACAGGAAAAUCCCCUCCUCCAAAAGAUCAAUCAUAAUUUGGAUCAAUGCUGCAGCUCCAGUGAUCUCUACUACUUCAUGCAUUGGUAUGUGGAUUCCUCGCUCAACAAUGUUUACAGAUUUCACAGCAGCAAUAUUUUUUGCCAUAGUUAUCCACAAGUUCCUGAUGAUGAUGAUCAAAGAGUGUGGAGGUCAAAAGCUGCUCCUCAGGCGGUUUGAAAACAGUCGCUUCACGAUCAGCACCGGCCCCUGCUGCUGCUGCUGCCUUUGCCUCCCUCGUGUGCCCAUCACUAGGCAAACCCUCUUUUGGCUGAAGGUGGGCACCUUUCAGUUUGCUGUCCUUCGACCUGUGCUCGUAUUUUUAUCAAUAGUGCUUUGGAGUAAUGGCAAUUACCUCCUUUACAAUUUAUCUCCCAAAGAACCUGCGCUAUGGAUUAACAUCUUCAUGGGUGUCCUUACCCUUGCUGCUCUGUGGGCAGUUGGAAUCAUGUUUCGAAAAGUUAGGACUCUCCUUACCUGUAAGAACAUUAUCCCAAAGUUUGCCCUAUAUCAGUUUAUUAUUGUUCUGAACCAGCUGCAGACCGUUAUUAUCCGCAUGUUGGCCACACAAAGAAUCAUUCCCUGUGCUCCACCACUCUCCUCUAUAGCAAGAGGAUCAUAUAUAGCCCAGCAGCUUCUCAUCAUGGAAAUGUUUCUGAUAACUGUAAUCUCAAGAGUCAUAUAUCGGAGAAAAUACCAUGACCUGGAGCCCCUGGAGUGCACGGAUGAAGAAGCUGGGGACAAGAAGCAGACUUCUAAGAUUAUCCUGAAUGGUUCAGUUGUUGAAGAUGGAUUGCCAAAAUUCUGCAAUAAGCCCUCCCAUUCUGCAGUAGCUGGAAGCUCAGCUCAGGAAUCUGUAUAUUCUUGCACCACAAAUAGCCACUGUCCAUGUCAGAACAACUUCUGACACAAAUGUCUGUGAGCUGUAGAACUGAAAGGACCAGUAGUGGAAAGAUAACCCUGUUCAUCCUCCAGAGAUGCAAACAUGGUGUGAGUGUUUUCAUACCAUGUAAUUUAGUAAGAUUUUAUACCAUGUACUUUUAUGCUGUUACUGAGCACUUCAGGGUACCAAACUGUCAAUGUGAUUUUUUUUAUUUUUAUUUUUUAGCAAUUAGAAUGGAUAUGAUUUAGGGUUAAUCCAGAGACAUUCUUGUUCAUCUUUUUUAUCUUUUUAAAAUCUAAUUUUACGCUGCAUUGCUGUCAUAUGUCCAAAGCAGGAUUUUCUCAUCCUUCCUCCCUUACAAUAGAUCAUUCCUCACUCCAUGCCAUGAGCUCACUAUAGCUAAUUCCGAUCAGUAAAUACAGUUGCAUAUGUUUGAUCUGAAAUCCCCAAACCUGUGUGGGCUCUCCAUCAACAGAAAUUAUGAUCUUUUUAGUGCAAGACUUUUUACAUUCCUUGGCAAUGCAGCUCCUAAGUUGGUAAAUACACAAUUACUGUUUGUAAAUAUGUUAGUGACAGAUGCUCUUCCUGAUGAUGAACCUGGGAUGGCAGGUUCUCUGUCACUGUCUUGGAAAAACAAAAUAGGAGUUAGAGUCUGGGAUGUCUUCUGCCACUGGUCUUUAAUGUUACAUGGUGCUUUGGUUCUCUGCUUAGAAAGUGGGAAUGAUUUUUAAGAUCUUUGUACUAACAGUGUCUGUGGGGAUGAAAGCAAUUGAAAGGAAUGUUGGGGGUGCUGUUUGACAGCUGUCUAAACAUGAGCCAGCAGUGUGCCCAGGUGGCCAAGAAGUCCAAUGGCAUCCUGGCUUUUAUCAGAAAAAGUAUAGCCAGCAUGACCAGGGAAGUGACUGUCCCUCUGUACUCAGCACUGAUGAGGCCACACCUCGAAUCCUGUGUUCAGUUUUG